UUCAUAUACUUUCUAUUUUAUUCUUUACACUUAUAUUUUAUCGUUUUCAUGUUAGUCAGCUGAUUCUUUAAUAUUUCAACUACGUCUACUGAUUCCUUAAUUUAGUAUAUAGAAGAAAAAAAGUAAAUCUCUACAGCUCUCCAAAGAAAUGGCAGGUGGUGGCGGAGCAGCAGCGGCUACUUCCGCCGGACGGACACUUCAAGAAACACCGACUUGGGCUUUGGCGACGGUUUGCUUCAUUUUCAUCUCCGUCUCUUUGUGUAUGGAACACUUGAUUCAUCUCCUUAGCCAUUGGCUCAAAAAACGUAGAAAGAAUGCCCUUUAUGAAGCUGUGGAGAAGCUCAAGUCAGGGCUUAUGGUGCUGGGAUUCAUGUCUCUAAUUUUAACAGUAACUCAAAAAUAUAUUAUCAAAAUCUGCAUUCCCAACAGUUUAGCUCUCAAAAUGUUGCCAUGCCACGUCACUAUGACUAAAACUACCAAAACAUUACAAGAAAGGAUUCUGGCAGCUGAGGCCACAACUGCAGAUUAUUGUUCUUCAAAGGGAAUGACAUCUCUUAUUUCACAAGAUGGAUUAAAUCAGCUGAGUUACUUCAUUUUUGGAUUGGCAAUCAUGCAAAUUGUCUAUAGUCUUCUCACAAUGGCCUUGGGUAGGGCAAAGAUGAAGCGUUGGCGAACUUGGGAGAAUGAGACUCAAACAACAGAAUAUCAAGUUGCUACUGAUCCAAAUCGAUUUAGAUUCACAAGACAAACCACAUUUGGUCGCAGACACAUGAAUUCUUGCACAACAACAUCUGUCCAACUUUGGAUUAAAUGCUUUUUCCGUCAAUUCUUCAGCUCCGUCGCCAAAGUUGACUAUCUCACCCUCCGCCACGGCUUCAUCUCCGCUCAUUUAUCCAACAACAACAAUUCUUUCAAUUUCCAAAAGUAUAUACAGCGAUCUCUAGAGGAUGAUUUCAAAGUUGUUGUCGGCAUCAGUCCUCUCAUGUGGUUUUUGGUUGUCGUCUUCAUGCUUGUGGAUGUGCAUGGUUGGCAUGUGUAUCUUUGGGUAUCAUUUCUCCCUCUCAUUAUAGUGCUAGUUCUUGGAACAAAACUAGAAGUAGUUGUGGCAAAAAUGGCAUUGCAACUCAAGGAUCAGAAUAAUGUAAUAAAAGGAGCAAUAUUGGUCCAACCAAAUGACAAUCUAUUUUGGUUCCAUCAUCCUAGAUAUGUCUUGACACUUCUACACUAUACUUUGUUUGUGAAUGCGUUUGAGGUUGCAUUUUUUGUUUGGGUUACGUUUCAAUACGGGAUAUCAUCUUGCUACCAUGAACAUGUUGAAAUCGUCGUUGUUAGGGUGGUGUUAGCGGUGACCGUUCAAAUAUUAUGCAGCUACAUUACUCUUCCUUUAUAUGCUUUAGUAACUCAGAUGGGAUCACAGUACAAGAGGGCAAUAUUAGAGGACGAAACAGCAAAUGUAAUAAAGCAAUGGCAUGCACAAGUGAAGCAAAAAAGAAAAAACAAAGAAUCUGUUGCAUCUCCAAAAUCAAUCACCAGUAGGACAAUGGAAUCCCCAGACCGAACCAAUUCUCCAAGAUUAUCUUCUUAUAUUAGAUCACCAACUUUCUCUGAAACUUCAAGCUUCCCAACUCAAUUUGAAAUAGUUGAACAUCGCCAAGAAAUUGACCAACACGUUGUUCGAAAUGAUGUGGUCGAAAAUAGUUCGUGACUGAAAGAAAAAAAACGGCAUGAGAUGAUUAGAAGAAAAAAGUAUUGCCGAAAUGAUAGGGGAUAAUCGGAUGGAUGGCGGUCUGCUAGACUGCUACGUAUCUUAGUUUCAUAAUGCAUGCUCGAGCCUGCGAUGACCAAGACUAAGAAUAUAGAGAAUGUUUAGAAAAUUAAAUUAGAGUACUCGUGCAAAUCACCAAAUUAAAAUACCAUUUUCCAGUAAUUUAGUAUUUUUUGUUUAUAAUGUAUAUUCAUAUUUUGAAAUGAGUUUUGUAUAGUUAUAGGCUACAUAUAGUAAAAACUUUUACUAUUAUUCAUUUGGUUGUAUUAUAUGAUUUCUCCAUAUUAAUGAUAAUCUUUUAUUGUCAAUUACAAA